UCACGUGAAAUAAUGAAGCACAACAUUCAGGAAACAAAUCUGUCUAUGAGAGUGUCGUUAUGAUAAAACAUAGUAUCAAAUUAUUUUCCGUUUUAUUCGCUGUCGCCAGUGCCGCAUUCAGGGACGAACUGGAUUUCUGUGAGAGUGAAAGUUGUACUGAAAGAGCGUUUGAGCAGAGUCACUUUUAUCCCACUGUAAAACACACUGCAGAAAUACCACUGAUAUUAUCACAUAAAUUAAUAGAUGCUCUUCCACUUGAUGCAGUUGAUGGUAACUUGAUUCGCGCUGUGAAAGGAUGUGUGUUUUCAGAGUGUCAGCCCACCCCUAUGAAAGGACCCCUGACACUCGCUGCUGUGUCAAAGGAUGUGUUGGAGAACAUUUUGGAUCUGGAUGAGGAUGUGCUAUAUAAUGAGGAGUUUAUUCAGUGUGUCAGUGGAGGAAAACUGUUUCCUGGCUCUAUUCCACUGGCACACAGAUACGGAGGCCAUCAGUUUGGUUAUUGGGCAGGACAGCUGGGUGAUGGACGUGCCCAUUUAUUGGGUGAAUACACAAACAAAAAAGGUCAAAGAUGGGAACUUCAGCUGAAAGGCUCAGGAAAAACACCAUACUCACGGUCUGGUGAUGGAAGGGCUGUGAUUCGCUCCUCAGUGAGGGAGUUUCUGUGCAGUGAAGCCAUGCACUUUCUGGGGAUUCCCACCAGCAGAGCCCUCAGUCUGGUGCUGAGUGAAGAGCCGGUGUGGAGAGAUCCGCUUUAUAAUGGCAAUGUCAUAAAAGAAAGAGGAGCAGUCGUUCUCCGCUUGGCAAAGUCCUGGUUUCGUAUCGGUUCACUGGAGAUAUUAACUAAAGCUGGAGAGCUGGGUGUAUUAGAGACAUUAUUGGACUUUGUAAUUAAAGAGCAUUUUAAACCUAUUGCCACAAAUGACCCUGACAAAUAUGUGACAUUUUUCUUUCAAGUGGUGAAUGAAACGGCACAUUUAAUCGCUCAGUGGAUGUCGGUUGGAUUUGCUCAUGGAGUCUGCAACACAGAUAAUUUCAGUCUGCUUUCUAUUACCAUUGAUUAUGGACCAUUUGGAUUUAUGGAUUCAUAUGACCCACAUUUUGUUCCUAACAUGUCUGAUGAUGAGGGGCGGUACAGUAUAGGGGCUCAGGCUAAUGUGGGCCUGUUUAAUCUACAGAAACUUCUAGAAGCUCUUCAGCAACUGCUGACCCCAGAUCAGCUGUCACAGUCUCAUCAAAUACUGAGAGAAUAUCCACAAAUGUACCAUCAAAGAUUUCAUGAGCUGUUCAAAGCAAAGUUAGGCCUUCUGGGAAAUGAAGAAGAAGAUUCAUAUCUGAUUGCAUUUUUCCUGAAGUUAAUGGAGGAAACUGAAGCAGACUUCACCAUGACUUUCAGACAGCUGAGUGAAGUGACUCUAUCUCAGCUUAAGAAUGGAUCCAUUCCUCAGGCAAUGUGGGCUCUUUCAGAGCUCUCCUCACAUGAAUAUUUCACAGGCUAUGUUAAGCUGUAUUUACAGCGUCUGUCAAGGCAGAAUGGAGACUCAGAUAAAGCUCGACAGCACAGAAUGCAAAGUAUCAACCCAAGAUAUGUGUUGAGGAACUGGAUGGCAGAAUCUGCCAUUAGAAAAGCAGAGAAAAAUGACUUCUCAGAGGUGGCGCUGUUGCAGCAGACACUUAUGGAGCCAUAUGUGGAGCAGAGGGAGGCAGAGAGAAUGGGAUACUCCAGUAAACCUCCAUCCUGGGCUCAGCAGCUGCGGGUCAGCUGUUCUUCUUAAUUUACUCUGGAACCAGUGGACAACAGCAUCCCGAUUUCAGCAUCAUGUCAACAUUGUAAACUCUCUGAUGAUACUACUGAUGUGUCCAAAAAACAUUUUAAUGUUGCCAUGACGUGAAUAGAUGUUAAAAUUAAUAUUGUGAAAAAUUCCUUGGCGUUCUUUGUUCUCUGAAUGGAAACUCUUGUCAUAACUUAAUGAGGUGUCAUUUCUGUUCCACUAACAAAACCAAAUGGAAUCACAAACAGGAAAAUAUUUAAUUAUCUUGGUUAUAUUUUUUAUUAUAUUUCAUUUUACUUAUUUUAAUACAUUUCAAACAGGUUUCCUAAAUUCUCCCCCUGUCUUCCAUUGGUCAAACAAACUGAUAAUCCCACCACAAACUCACACCACUGGUUGAGUCAGUGUGGUUUGUAGAGUAAUAAAAUAACCAAUAAAACUGCUUUUUCUAGUGUACUGAUCUA